CACCUUAUUGGAUGUUGCCUUACAGAAGAAUGAAAUUUAAGCGAGGGAAACCAACCCCGCUUUGUUACUCUGAAAAUUUUAAAUUAAAUUUAACAACCGCCCACUAGCGCUCAUAAAAAACAUAUCUCUCAGACAAAUUAAAACAAAAACUAAAACCCCUCACUCAAACAAAAUACACCUAUCUCUCGACUCUCCCGUAUCUCUCACUCUCUCUCCGGCAUCUCUCUCCCAUAUCUCUCUUCCGCAUCUCUUUCUCUCAUCUUUCUCAUCUCUCUCCCGUAUCUCUCUUCCACAUCUCUUUCUCUCAUCUUUCCCAUCUCUCGCUCUUUCAUAUCUUUCUCUCAUCUCUCUCAUCUCGCUCUUUCAUCGAAGCUGGGAUUUGCAAAAGGUUGGGAAUAUACAAGGAGCUCAGUUGCUUUUCUCGUAGCUUGCAUUUGGUGUAACUGUAACUAUAAGCAGUCCAACCAAACAUUUAGACUGGGGAAAGAGUUGCAUAAGUUGAAAAUGAUUAGAGCUUAUCUUAUUAUGAUUAAUAAGCCUUCUGUCAAGACAAUACAGAGUCCAGAUGGUGAUUUGAUAGAUUGUGUUCCAUCUCAUCUGCAACCAGCUUUUGAUCACCCUCAUUUGGAAGGGCGACAAGCAUCGGCACAUAUCGCGAAAAUUGUACUGAUAAAUUCAUAUAUGGUAGUGUAAUAAGUAAUAAUAACAAAGUAUUGUGCCUGUGGAUCAUUGAUUUAUAGGAUCCACCGGAAAGACCAGAAGGCCGAAAUCUAGUAGAGAUGUCAUCGGAGAAUUAUCAGUUAUGGAGUGUUUCUGGGGAAUUUUGUCCAGAAGGAACUGUUCCAUUCAGAAGAACAACUGAAAAAGAUGUUUUAAGAGCUAGUUCUGUUAGAAGAUUCGGACGAAAAUUUCAGAGGCCGGUUAGAAAAGAUACUUCCAGCAGUGGCCAUGAGGUUAGCCCGGAAUUGUACGGGGACAUUUAUCCUAGGUUCAUCACCUACUGGACUGCAGAUGCAUAUCAUACUACGGGAUGCUACAACUUACUAUGUUCGGGGUUUGUACAAACUAACAAUAGGAUAACAAUGGGAGCUGCAAUUUCUCCAAGUUCAUCUUACCAAGGUGGCCAAUAUGAUAUUAGCAUUCUUGUAUGGAAGGUGAUUUGAUCCUCGAAACUUGGAAUGGAUGAGGGAGUCAACAUGUAAGCUAGCCGCAGCGGCAACAGUUCUGCUCACCUCGUCCAUCUUCGAGCACAAGCCCUUCUAGUGAAGCAAACUUGACUAAUAAGGUCACAUUGUCAAGAUCAUUCUCGAUGCUAGUAACCAAUAAACUUUGAUCUAUGGAAUUUUAGUGUUGUGGUAAAAUUUUAGUAUCGAUGGAACUUUAGUAUUUUGUGGUAGAAUUCUAGUAUUUGCGGAAUUUUAGUAAUUUGUGAUAAAUUAUGUGUAAUAGGUAUUGUGGAGUUUGGAUUUAACUAUGUUAUGGUAUGUUGGUUUAGUUAA